UUGAUUAAUUUUAUUAGGUAUCGUUCCUUUAUUUAUAUUCUGUUUGUUUGUGUCAGUGUUACGUUUUCCGUAUUUUUUCAAAUAAAAUGAUGGAACAGGCAGUAGAAAGUAUAGAGAUCAAAACAGAAGAACCAUCUUCGCACGAUUUUACAAGCACGAUGGAUCAGGGCGCGGAGAAUGACGAGCCCAGAACAGACGAUUCGUCGCCAAAGGAAUUUACGAGGCAUUGCGAAUAUUUUCACAUGGUUAUUAGACCUAUGCUAACACCCGGUCAUGAGGGUGAACUGUGUGAAUGGAUGAAGGAAAUGGGUUUACUUCGAAGAACCUGGAGAUGUACAAAUGAAGACUGUAAAGGCGUAAAUGGAUACAUGACGUGGAAUAAAGCUCGUGUUGUUGACAAAUAUAACUGGGCGUGCCCGAACUGUUCUAAGAAGUUAUCAAUAAGAGAAGGGUCAUUUUUUAUACACAUAAAAUGUGAAUUGAAACAGAUUUUCCAAGCAAUUCUAUGUUGGUGUGAACAAACUCCUGUAGCCCAAGCUUCAGCUACUUUAGGUAUUAAAGAUCAUGUAGUUAAACGAAUCUACGACCGUUGCAGUGAAGUGGCAAGCAAGUAUGUGGAAGACCACAACCAUGCUUGGCUUCUUGGUGGUGACAAUGCUGUAGUAGUUAUUGAUAUAUUCCCUGAUGGUUAUAUGACGUCUAAUCCAGCAGUAAUUGAUUGCGCUGGCAAAAAAAACACCAAGAAGGUCUUAUGUAUAGCUGACACAAGCCAAAUGCCUGCUCGAAUAUGGGCAAGGAUCUUGGAACAGGAACAUCAAGGAGCAGUUGAAGAAGCUCUAAUGUAUGUUACACAGCAAAUACGACCAGGAUCAACUCUAGUGGCAAAUGAAAGAGCACAUGCCUGUCCAUACAGUGCUAUUUGCCAGUUAAAAGGCUAUCCCAGUAUUAUAAGUGUUGAGACACUUAUGGAACUAGAUCUUCCAGGUACUCGGAGAGUGCAGGAGAAUUUAGAGACAAUCUGGCAGGCCUUAGUAGCUGUCUGUGAAGAAGUAAGAGAUUUGCCAAAGAAAGCUGGAGCAAUACUUCUAAAUGAAUUUAUGUGGCGUCAAGUGUUUGGCAGCUCCUCGUCGACAGCACUUGAGUCAAUACUGCAUCACAUAGCAGAUCAGUACUUAGAAGAUGAUAACUGAAACUUUACAACAGGAUUGUAUAUGCAUGUCUGCAUUUCAUCAUCUGUAAGUGUGUGUUUACUGUUUCUACAUGUUUCAUUGCCUUAGGAAAAAAGCACAUAACUCACACAUUCAUUAUAUUCUGCUUUCAUACUGUUACUCAUGCUUGUGCAGUUGUGAGAUGACAGCACAAAGUAAAAAUAUCUAAUAUUGUUAUGCUUUUGAUAGUAAAUGGAUUUCCAAAAGGCACAUGAUUCCAAAUACUCACUAUUAGACUCUCCACAAUGGCUUGUAUUUGGCAAAGUGAAAUCUUUUAAUUUCUUUUUAAUUAUUUGUGAGGAUAUGACAUGUAUGGAGCAACAUAUUUUUUGUUUUAUAUACAGGUUUGAUUUUUUGUAUUCUGUGGAGUAGUGCUCUGUCGUCAUUGUCUUUUUGUCUUAACUAACAUUUGUUGUGUAUACGAAUUGAAACAUUUUAAAUAUGUCAGACUAUGCAGCUCUUGUUGUGUGUUACAAGGGAAGGAAUGUUAACUUUACUAUCCUAUUUUUAUUGUGGAGUUGUUCUUACAAAAGAAUUAUUUCAUAUCGGCAUAAAAAUGUUGACAAAAUUUUCUGGAGAAAUGAUUUUUAAAUUAGUAUCUGUAUUUUUCUAACAAACUUGUCUUGCAGAAUUAUGAAACUAAAUCCAGAUAGCUAUUAAGAAAGAAGACGGCAUUUAAAAACAUUCAAAUACUUGUUAAUAGUGUGUUUUACAUGAUAAUGUUUAUAAUGAUGAUAUUUUAUUUUUUAUUCCCAGAACAGCUGUUGAUAAUGAUACUGCUGGUAAAUGACAUAUAAUGCUAAUGGAAUUUGGCAGCUGACAGUUGUUGUCAUUUCUAUUUACUACACAUGCUUUAUUGUAUAUUGCGUUGUAUUUAAGGGUGCUCAUAGGUUUCAGAAAGUCAUUUGCCAUUAGUUUUUAUUGGUGUUAGCAAAUUAAUGUUUCCUUGGGCAAAACUUUUAAACAUGUUGUUUGUUAGUCUACUAUAAUCUAGUUUGUUAAUAUUGACAGUAAACUCUUUUGCUAUAAAUGCUUUCUUCCAUCACUUUCAUUAUGACAAGAUACCUUGUAUUAAUAAAUUGAUACACAUAAUUAUUUAUCCAUUGACUGCCAUAUCACUCAUUGGGUGUAGGGUACCACAGCAUUUGUAUGUGAUUAACACCAGUAGUUUCCUACUAUGCUAUAUCAGACAGAUGUGGGCAACAUUUUGUUUUUAGAGGAUAUCAUUCACAUCGGGGCCAAUGCCAAGUAUAGUUUUACAUUUUGGAAUGAGCCUUUGGGACUUUCCUCUGAGCCAUUUCAGCCUCCAAUCCACAACAGAAAGUGAAAUUGCCGUAAUUACCAAAUGCAUACUUCACAAAUAAGACAUUUAUUACUAUAUUACUUACAUCUGAAAGACUGAGAUUCCUGGGACAAAAAAAUUGCUGAUGAUGUUUUCCAAGUAAACACCACUCAAGAUGAGACCUUCGGCCUUUUCUGAAUGGCCAACUGCUAACUUCAAGGCAGUAUGCAUCAUGAUCUAUCAUGGGACAUGUGAUCAGCAUGUUGCCAAUCCCUUCAGCUGUUAUUGCCAGUAGAUAAAUAUGAUGCCACUUUGUUCUAGCAGCUCCUCAUUUUGCCUCACAAGGGCUGAGUGAACUCCCUUUCCAUAUCUCCCUACCUCAUAAAAAAUCUGAGUAGGUAUUGGGAAUUGAAUCCUGGUCUUCCCGCACCAAAAGCAAAGACAUUAACCAUUUGGCUAUGGAGGUGGUCAUGUUUUCCAAAGCAGUGUUCUGUAGAUGCCAUCAAGAAGUGGAACUUUCAGGGAUGUGGAAUGAGUCAAGAUAUAUAUAUUAACAUGAGACAAAGACUUCAUAUAAACUUAACAUGUUCACAUGUACGCUGUAUUGAUAAUGAGCUGUCAUUGUACUGCGUAAUGCUAUUCACUCUUGUAGCAUUUAAAUUUAAUUGAGUAAAUUAGUAAGAAAACAGCUACAUGGAAACAGCUGCUCUUUCUUGGGAGCAUGAUUUUUUGCAUGCUUGCUUUGGCGACCUUGUACACUAUGAGAGUAUUUACAAUACACAUUCCAAGUAGGCAUUCUGUCCCUGACUGUGAGAACUAUAUCAUAGGAGUCUCUCGGAGUGCUUGAUUGGAGGUUUCAGUUAUAUUUUACUGUUGUAGUCACAUAUGGCAGGUGGCUUUAAGAUCCUCUUGUAAGUUUCUUACUCACAGAUGGUUGGUUUUUGACAUCUGCAUUGCCUGUUGUCAGUGGGGCAGGUUUUGCUGAAAGGAGCAUGUCUCGCAUAAAAAGUACUCGAUUCCAUUACCAUGAUACCAUUUUUAUCAUCUUAUGCAGUCACACCUCCUUAUCUAAUUUCUUUAGCUUUUAAUAAUGUGGAAUGAUCGAAUGGUAUGGUCAUACUGCAGCACCAACCUGUGUUUUUCAUUGUAAGCAGGACAGUGCCAGUUUGUAACUUCAGUAGAAGUUUUCCAAGAAGAAUGUAUGCCCCUCAUUUACAAAUAUUUGUGGCUGAUAUUCAGGUAACGUCCUUGCAAAAUCUUGUGUCUUGUUGUUCAUCUCAGAGUAGCUGCAGCAAACUUUACUAUUUUUGAAGAAUUAAGUUUGCAAAGUUUUAUUCCAUUUUAGCUUUAUUGGGAAUUUAUUGACGAACUACUAGUCUGUCUCUCCAAAGUUUUCUCCUUGUGUUAAAAUACUUCCUGAAACUUCUCAUGCAGUACAUCUCUAAGUUGAUGUACUUUCCCCAAACUGUCAUCAGGCAUUUGUUUUUAUCAUCUACCAAGUGAAUCAGGUGCAACAGAAUGUCAGACAGUGUAUUGUGGUUAAUUGAUUUGGUUAACCAAUGGAACCCCAAUAUUGCAACAUUUCAAAAAAUGUUCAAAUGUGUGUGAAUUCCUAAGGGACCAAACUGCUGAAGUCAUUGGCCCCUAGACUUAUACACUACUUAAACUAACUUACACUAAGAACAACCCACACACCCAUGCCCGAGGGAGGACUCGAUCUGCUGGCGGUAGAGGCCGCGCAAUGUGUGACAUGAUGCCUCUAACUGCAAGGCCACUCUACAUGGCUUAAACAUUUGUUAAAGCCCAUCUACAUAAGUAAUCUGAAAACCUCCUUCUCUCAUCUCUACAUGUUAUGAUCCAUUCACUGACUGGUGUGACAGUCUGCUGCUAAGUGUAACUAGAUCCUCCAUAUAUCUGAUAGUUUUAAGCAUGGAUAGGUCUAAAACUUCAUUGCCCACAAACAGGGAAAGGGCAUCAAAUGAUGAACUGGUUUUUGAAACAACUUUUUGCAAACCAGAUUUGUCUGUGAAAGCAAAUGAUUUCUGAUGUCUUCAGCAUUUGAUCCAUUUCACAUUUCCAGUUGCAUGGGUAUCUUCUUUCUUCUUCUACUGUAUGUUUUACCAGUUCAUUGUUUUCCUCUGCUUCUGUUUGCUGAAUUACUGCAACUGUGUUGUCCAUCUCAUUAUUUCCUUGCUCUCCUGAAUUGCAGGGACUCAUCAGAAACAAUAUAUUGCUCAUAAUUACUAACUUUUAAAAUCCUUUGCAUGCCCUCUUCAGUCAACCUUUCACCAGGCAGUAUUGGCUAUGCCUGGUGACAAACCAGAUUCAGAUUUUCAAAAGUAUUAGACAGUAUGUGCCUGUCAUGAUGAUGGUCACACACAGGUGGCCAUGCAAUGACAAUGCAUUUGUUGCAUGUGACUGAAAUUUUAUGUUACUUAUACCUAAUGUUCUGAGGUUAAAAAGGUGUGAAAUAUAUAAAUACAUGCUUCUUUCACACUACCAGCAAGUUCGGAAGUAAAAACUAAGUGGCCCCAGGAGGAUUAAUUUCCAAAUCUACCAUGACUGCCAGAGGCUGAAGAAUGUCUCCUGCAUCUGUUUGAUGUGGCCUAGUUGAAAUGGCAGACAAAGGGUUAAGAACCUUUUUCAUCUUGUCACAGGAAAUACUUUGAACUUUAACUUAAAUACUAUGUGUGAAAGUUUGUUAAUUACAGAGUCUAACUUUUGUUAACUUUGAUUUCAUCCAGUGUUUUUAACAAAACAGUUCUGCUCUGCUGAUUUUACUUAUUAACAAUGUUUGAAAUAUAGUUAAUUCAUUUAGAUUCUUGCUUGUGAGUUUCACAGACAUCUCAAAAUAAAGUUUAUCAUUUGGUCAGCUAUGUAUUGGCAGAUGUAGUACCUGACAGCGGCAUUGUUUGUGAGAGAUACACUUGUAGAAACCCUACAGACAGCCUUAACUGUUGGUCUGGGGUUGUAGUAUUUUCAUUGUUCCUAUGUAUCUUGAAAGACUUGUCUGCUGUAAAUUUGUUUGAUAAGUCAUUUUAUGAAGUGGACUUGUUCCUGAACAGGCCAAUGUUUGCCAUAGUUUUGGAAAACACUAAUAAUGUGUAGCUGUCUCACCAAGAAAUUGUAAGAAAGUAGUCUCUUUGAUUAGCAUAUGAUAUACUUUGAUUGCUUGACUGCAGGCUGUGUAUGAACAAGUGGACUAGAACUGUGUCAAAUUACCUGUUUAUUUCUGAAAAAUCAUAAUAAGCACUCCACUGUUGGCUAAAUGUGAGGGGAAAAGUAGAAGAUAUUAAUGAGCCAGUGUGAGAUGCAGCAAUAGUCUCCAGCUUAUCUGCUGUUCCCAAACAUGUUGCACAAAGCUCCUUAUCACUGAACAUUAAUAAAUUCUAUUUUCUGAUCAUUUACAUAUGUACUUAUGAAAGUUCAUUUUUUCUGCAUUAGAUGUUGAUGCACAAUAUUGGUGUAUUUUAUUGAUUUUUUGGUGAAUGGUUCACAGCUAAGUUUGUUUAUAGUACAAAUACAGCACCAUGGUUAGGGCUUUAUUUAUCCUUGUUUCAUUAUUGUACAUAUUUUUUUCAGUUACAGCAGUAAGUUUUAAAUAUUAUUUUUAUACUAUUUGGUUGUUUAUGUGUGUGUUUGUGGCCUUUUAUUUCCUAAAUUCAAUGCUCUAUAUGGUGACAAAAACAUAAUCAUUGUAUCUGAAUGUGGAUUUGUUAUUGUAAAUAGUGUAGCCAAAUACUAAAUCUUACUGUGAAGCUACAAGGGUAUUUCCAUUUUUACUGUUGUGCCAGUUCAUAGACUUGUUUAGUAUAUCGUUUCUUUUGUAGUUGUGAAUUAUGUAAUAUAUUUUAAUGAAUAGUUACAUUUAACCAAAUGCAGUUAGGUCAAUAAGAUACACUGUAAAGGUGCAUUCUCUGGAAGUACAUAGACUGCACAACAUGAAAAGCAGGUUAAACACCUUAAUAUUGUGAAGCAUUGUAUUGGCAUUCAUUGUUGAAAUCCAGAGUUAUCUGUAGCAUGUAUAUAAUUGUGUGUACUCAGUUUCCAUUUACAUUAUGAGACUACACUCUCCAGACACAAGCAGUAUAUAAUUUGUAGUAUGUUAUUAUUUAACUGUCUUGUUGCCGUUACCUUUCUAACAGCUCAGUAUAUCAUUUCAUAUCAGUAUAAUUUUAUUUUGAAGUUUGAAGAAUGUACCCAAAAGAUAAGAAAAUAUCUAAAGCAACUUUCUACCAAAAUACCCAGCCAUUAACAGCUUCUUGAUUAUUCUUGUUUAAAAAUAUUUGUGUUGCUUGAACAUUGUAAGUCAGAUGUGUGAUAGAAAGCAAUAGUUAUGAAGAGCUUCUUGACUCUGUCUCUAAAGUUUUUGGUUAAGAUAUGACUGCCUUGUGUCUAACAACACUCUUAUUAUAACUUGUCAUUAUUUUGAGCUAUUCAUACGUUUGUGAUUAUAAGAUUUGUAGCUUAUAAUUUGCUGUGACUACUACUUAUUUGUUGUCUACUACACUGCUCACUUUUUGGAAUUAAUUUGGAUUAUGUAAUACUGUAUGAGCACUUCAGAACAUACCCCUUGAUGUGAAAAGCACAUCAUGAAUACAAAAUAUGACAUAAGUGGAAAAAAAACUACAUUUGUAUGAAGUACUUGUUAUUUUUAACUACAACUUUUUCUUACAGAUGCUACUCAAUGGUAAUCAAUUUACAGCAAUGUAUUUUGAUGCUGAGCAAUCAUGUUGUUGUGUAUUUGACCUUACUUUCACUUCCUUUUUCAAAAAGAAUUACAUACUUGAGAAGCCAAUUCAACACUGAAAUCUCAAGAUUUUCCAAGGGACUCUCAUAUUUUUGUAACCAUAAAAAACCCUCUCGGUAUGAUUAUUAAGAAUCGUGACAUAAUUCUUUGGGCUUUUCUGAUGAUCUAGUGACUUGUUGAAUAAUCGGGAUUUCUGCCAGAUGUUCGCGCUGUUCUCAUACGAUAUUUCAACGGCAUAAAUUGCUCUGAUAUUACAUAAAUCUUUUGUUCAUUAUAAUCAUACUAUGUUGGGCACUUGUGAACUGGAGGGUGCCAUCUGCUUUUAUAUUGCUAUCAGAUUCAAGACAAAACAGUCUUCGGAAAACUGCCUGCUGCUGUUACCAUUGCAGAUAAUAUUGACUAUGCUACAACAUUUAACCUAUAUCAGUCAAUGAUCUAAAGUUUCUCAUAGAUUUCCUGUGACUAAGUCAACCAGAUAAUUUUUGGCAUCUAGUGGAGUUUAUGGUAUCAAGUGUUAUAUAAAAAAAAACUUGUAUGUACUAUACCUUAGAAUUAUCUGACUACUUAGUUUGUGUGCAUGCUUUUACUUUGACCUGUUUGC